UUACAAGACUUCGCGUAAACCAGCUGAUCUGGUGUCACACACAGUAUUUCUCAAGAUGAAGACCUCGUGCCCAUCAGUAAAUCCGUAGAAAACUCCCUCUUGAUUCCUUAUCAGGGCGGAAAAGUCUGCCGAAAAAAAGUUUACGUGAAUUUGUAGUACAAAUACCUUAAGUGUGAAUUAUCACUUCGAAUUUAUCUCAUUAAUUUAUUGUGAUACAGAAAAACCUACCGUUUUACUGCCAAGUAUUAUUAUCUAUAGUAAAUUCUAGUACAUUGUGCAAUUGUGAUUGUAAAUCAUGCUCAGAAGUGCGUGUAUUAAGAACAACAGACCCAAGAAUCCCGUUGAGGAUGCUUCGUUCCUGUCCAAGAGGUCGUUUUGGUGGCUUAAGCAAUUAUACAAAAUGGGAUUGAAGCAACCGAUAGAGGAGGAGCAUGUCUAUGAAACACUGCCGGAGCAUCGAUUCGAAAAGCUCUCGGAAAAAUUCAAAAAUCUGUGGGAUGAGGAGUCUAAAGCAAAGUCACCGUCACACCUGAAAAUCGUGGCUCGUGCUUAUGGCAGGCAAAUCAUGAUAUUUGGUCUGUUCUGCUGUCUCACAGAAUCUGGACUGAGGAUUCUUCAGCCUCUCUGCAUGGGUGGAUUGGUGACCUACUUUUCCCCUGAACAGGAGGGCAUCACCCUAAAAGAUGCGUACUUGUAUGCUGCUGGGAUAAUCAUCUCCAGUCUCAUACCCGUUCUCAUGUUUCAUCCCUACAUUCUGUACCUGGACCAGGUGGGCAUGAAGAUUCGGCUGGGCAGUGUUGCGCUCAUCUACAAGAAGAUCCUCAAGUUGUCCAAGUGCGCCGCUUACACAGGACUCAACGGACAAGUGAUAAAUCUCAUGUCCAAUGACGUUGGGGAGUUCGACGUCGCUCUCAGUUCCAUCCAUGAUCUCUACAAAGGUCCUCUCGAGGCAAUUCUCAUUGGAUACUUUCUCUAUCGGGAGAUUGGUGUAGCUGGACUGAUCGGAAUGGCAUUUCUCCUCGCUUUCAUCCCGUUUCAGAUGUGGCUCGCGAAGAUGGCAGCAAAAUAUCGCGCUCUUUCUGCCAAGAGAACGGACAAACGUGUGAGAUUCAUGAAUGAGAUUAUCCAUGGAAUUCAGGUGAUAAAGAUGUAUACGUGGGAGAAGUCAUUCUCAUCACUUGUGGACAAAGUGAGACGGAAAGAGAUUAAUGCUAUCCGAGGAUCAUCGUACAUUGAUGCGGCAAAUUACUCCUUCAUCCUCAUCUCGCAGAUUUCUCGCUUUAUUGCUCUGAUGACCUACAUAUCGUUUGGUAAUGUUUUCACAGCGAGAAAAGUCUUCAUUGUCUACUCCUUCUUCAUGUCACUGAAUGAGUCAAUGGUGCACUUCUGGCCACGAGCUCUCACUGUGGUGGCAGAGAUGUUUGUGUCUUCAAAGAGGAUCACUGACUUUCUGCUCAGCAGUGAGGACAAAAAGAGGCCCCCACUAGAAAAGGUGCCCAGUGAGACAGAGAAAAUCAACGUGGCGAAUGGAAGAGUGCACAAAGAAGGCGGGGAGGAACCCGAAGCUUUCCCAAGGAGGAUUGUGAAUGAGAAUAGCAAUGAGAAGAGUAUGCACAUGAGGAAUGUUACGGCACUGUGGGGAGGAGAGGAUCCAAACUCAAGGCAAGGCAUCGAUUCUGUAGAUCUCUCAGUGAGUCACAAUGAGCUGUGCUGCAUUGUGGGAUCAGUGGGUUCUGGAAAGUCCACAAUUUUGCACACAAUCAUCGGAGAAUUGACUCUGGAUGAAGGAUCAAUGGAGGUAAAUGGUUCUGUAAGCUAUGCUGCCCAAGAGCCAUGGCUCUUCGAGAGUACAAUCAAGCAGAAUAUUAUCUUCGUUGAGGAGUACGAUGAGAAGCGCUACCAUCAAGUGCUUCAAGUGUGUGCACUCGAAAAGGAUUUAGAGAUGUGGCCGUAUGGUGAUGCGACUCUGGUGGGAGAGCGUGGCGUGAGUCUGAGUGGUGGACAGAAGGCGAGGGUGAGCUUGGCGAGAGCGAUCUACAGGCGAGCGGACAUCUAUCUUCUGGAUGAUCCUCUCUCUGCUGUGGACACUCACGUGGGAAAGCACAUCUUCGAGCGGUGCAUUCGACGAUUCCUGGCCGACAAGAUCGUCAUCCUGGUGACACACCAGCUGCAGUAUCUCAAGGAUAUCAAGCACAUUGUUCUCUUGAACGGCGGCAGGGUGGAGAUGCAAGGAUCCUACGAUGAGAUCCGACAGAGCAAUCUUGAAUCCAUUCUUUCUCUCGCUCCAGACGAGAGUCAAGAGCCUCAGUCUCCAACGGGUGAGAGAAAACUCAACACUUUCAGCUCCCAAGUUGACUACUACGAGUCGAAAGGCAAUGAGGACAUUGAAGAGGAGAAAGAGGAACAGGUAGUUGGAUCUGUAAAGUGGGAAAUUUAUUUAUCCUUCUUCAAGUUCAUCAAGAACAAGUGCAUGAUUGUCAUGACGCUGUCUCUCUUUGUCCUGGCCCAACUGGCUAUGACGGGCACGGAUUACUUUGUGGCGCAGUGGGUGAACUGGGAAGAAUCUCUCAAUCUCAUGAACACAACGGGCCUAAAUCUUACUGAUACACUCUUCACUUACCUGGAAUCUUUGCAAAAUGCCACAGAACUUCUCACUUUCAUCUCACCUGACUAUGAAUAUGCCACAAGAAGACAGUACCAGAUCAUUUAUGGAGUCCUGAUGGCACUUCUGUCUUAUCUGGUGAUCCAGAGGAACUUUACAUUCUUUAAAAUGUGCCUAAUGGCUUCUAUCAGGCUGCAUGACCGUCUCUUCCAUGGGAUCACUCGAUCUCGAAUGUCUUUCUUCCACAAAAACUCCUCAGGGAGAAUUCUCAAUAGAUUCUCCAAAGAUAUUGGCAAUAUCGACACGGAUUUACCACAAACUCUCUUGGAUUGUAUUAUUUGCUUCUUGGAAAUCAUAGGAAUUGUGGGAAUCGUAAUUGUGGUGGAUUACCGUCUGUUGCUUCCAACUAUUGCAGUUGGCUUGCUCUUGUAUCUCAUCAGAGUGAUUUACAUUAGAACUGGCAGAAGCGUAAAACGCCUGGAAGCUAAUUCACGGAGUCCCGUCUAUGCUCACAUGAACUUCACCAUCCAGGGUUUGUCGACAAUUAGAGCACUGAAAGCAGAAAGGGUGCUCGAGGCGGAAUUUAGCUACCACAAUGACUUUAAUUCUUCUGCGUGGUACAUGUUCUUGGCAUGUUCUCAGUCCUUCACAUUCUGGCUCGAUUUGGCGUGCGUUCUCUACAUUUCUAUCGUUGUUCUCAGCUUCCUCAUCCUUGACAACGAUGUCUUGGGUGGAAAUGUGGGCCUGGCUAUCACGCAGGUGGUGAAUCUCAUCGGGACGUGUAUGUGGGGCAUGCAGCAGACAGCGGAAUUGGAGAAUCAAAUGAUAUCUGUGGAGAGAGUGGUUCAGUAUUCAAAUUUGCCGUCUGAACCGCCACUUGAGACAGAGAAAAAGAACAAGCCAACGAAGGAGUGGCCCAGCAAAGGAGCUGUCGAGUUCAAGAAUUUGUCCCUGAGAUAUUCCAACGAGGGCGAAGUCAUUCUCAAUAACUUCAACUUCUCAAUCAAAGCAGGAGAAAAAGUGGGAAUCGUGGGACGAACAGGAGCGGGGAAGUCGUCAAUGAUCCAGGCACUCUUCCGACUGGCGCCCAUUGAGGGACGCAUCGAGAUCGACGGCGUCGACACUCAAACUCUCGGCCUCCAUGAUCUGCGCAGCAAAAUCUCCAUCAUCCCGCAGGAUCCGAUCCUGUUCUCGGGCACGCUUCGCUCGAACCUCGAUCCCUUCGAGGAGCGCAAGGACGUCGACAUCUGGAGUGCGCUGGACGGCGUGGAGCUGCGCGGGUCCGUGGCCGCUCUGGCCGGAGGCAUCGACUGCCGCAUGGCCGACGGAGGAUCCAACUUCAGCAUGGGCCAGAGGCAGCUGGUGUGCCUGGCCAGGGCCAUUCUGCGCGACAAUCGCAUCCUCGUGCUGGACGAGGCGACGGCCAAUGUGGAUCCGGAGACGGACAGACUAAUUCAGACGACAAUUCGCAGCCGAUUCGCCAACUGCACGGUGCUCACGAUCGCCCACCGACUGCACACGGUGAUGGACAGUGAUCGCGUGCUGGUGAUUGACGCAGGACGAGUCAUGGAGUUCGGCACUCCGUUUGAGCUUCUCCAGCAACCGAGAGGGCAUCUGAAAUCGCUCGUGGAGCAAACAGGACCCGCGACGUCGGCAUUGCUGACCCGUGUGGCUGAGGAGGCUUUUCUGAAGUCAAAGGAGAACUGAGCAUAAGAUCGUCAAUGAUGACAUAAUUUUUGGAAAUUGUAUCUCGAAAGAGAUUAAAAAAAAAAUAAAAAGAAUUUAUUUUCAACUUCACACAAAAUGUCACAUCAAGAACCAAAUAAAUGUAAUUGUCACCUUUAAA